GCGAAGAGGACGAGAAUGGCCAUUACAGACAUAGUCCGAAAUUUCCUAGGGCGUUUGUUACCGCUUCCAAUCAAAGAUCAUAUGCGUCUGCUCCUACUGUAGGUAUUCGCUAAGCACUCUCGGCCGCUGUCUCGCCUCGUCCCUCGGAAGUGCCGUCUCCUCCGCAUCUGCAUCGCAUCCCUAACGCAUAGCUAUGCGACAUCACUGCCUACGACUGCUAAGACGUCCUGCUCUCCAGCGACCAUGCACUGCGCGACCCUUUACAAGUAGUUCCUGCCUGCGCCGCGUUUACCAAGAAGGGGACGUUGUGCUCCUCCGCGAUAAGAAAAGCUCACAUGACGGUACCCUCAUAAAACUGCACGCCGAAAAGAGUACAGGAACGCACAGAGGCGUCAUCACGCAUGCAGACAUCAUUGGGAAAGGGCCACGGCAGACAGUCCGGUCGAGCAAAGGCCCCGAAUUCCGUAUCCAUGAGCCCACGUUAGCAGAAUAUGUCCGAUUGACACCGCGUCUUGUUACUCCUAUAUACCCCGCCGAUUCAAAUCUCAUAGUGUCAUUGCUUGACAUUCACGUCGAUACCCCCUCCAGCGGACUGAACUCUGAGCCACCACUGGAGAUCCUCGAAGCUGGCACAGGCCAUGGGGCGCUGACGCUGCACCUCUCGCGGGCCAUACACGCUGCCAACCCACCAAUGCCCCGCACACCAUCCUAUGCCAGCACCCAAGAGGAGGAACCCGAGGACGCUAUAUACCUGGGAGAAUCUUUGUCAGACUUACACGGGUCUGCACUUGAGACAUGGAAGGCGAACCGACGUGCGGUCAUACAUACACUAGACAUAUCUGGCAAGCACUCGCACCAGGCGCGCAAGAUCGUCGAAGGCUUCCGCGCCGGCAUAUACGCAGGCAACAUCAACUUUCAUGUCGGAGACGUGUCGGAGUGGAUUGCUAGACAAAAGGCAUCAAGGAAGACUGACGAGCCUUUCUUGACGCAUGUCUUCCUAGAUCUUCCCGGUGCGAACAAUCACUUGGCCAACGUAGCGCCAGCACUACACGUAAACGGGCUACUCGCCGUGUUCAACCCAAGCAUCACCCAAAUUGCGGAAUGUGUAGAAACGAUCCGCGAGCAAAGGAUGCCGUACCUACUGGACCAGGUUGUUGAGCUCGGCGCUGGUACCAUUCGCGAAUGGGACGUUCGUGCAGUCAGACCAAGGGCGACCCUCAGGAAGGCUGACAUUAAGGAAUCAUCCGAGUCGUCGAGCGAGGACGCUAUUGAUCCGGUCAAAGGCCAAGAAGAAAGAGACAAGGAACUAGAGGAGGAUUUGGACAAGCAGGAAGAGAAGUGGGCUAUGGUGUGCCGUCCCAAGGCUGGCCAGCAAGUUGUUGGAGGAGGCUUCUUGGGGCUUUGGAGACGCAUGGAGACGGCUGCAGUUAAAGAGCAGGGCGAGGAGAAUAGCUAGAUAUUGGAGAAUGUGUCUCGAAUCGUUUAGCUUACAUAACAUAUACAAAUGUCUUUCACGAGAACAACGACUUCCUUAACCUGCGAUCUACUGGAUUUGGGGCAUACCUACCAACGUGUCUGGUCAAGCCUUCUUGAAGUCUUGCUACUUCAAGGGCAGAAAUGCACACAUAUCUAGGC